CAUCAUUCGUUCGGUUCAUCGGGAGAGUUUUACAGCUUCACCUUCCUAACCAACGUCGAGCUUAGAUCUGAAAGCAAGGCUCACGCUGCGGUACAUUUCCGAGGAACUGUACUGCCAUGGAUCGGGUUCUAAAAGCUGCUAGAGCCUCCGGUUCUCUCAACCUAUCAAAUCGUUCCCUCAGGGAUGUGCCCAAUGAAGUAUACAAAUGUUUGGAUGCAGUUGGAAAUGAUGAAAAGUGGUGGGAGGCUGUGGAGCUACAGAAGCUCAUUUUGGCUCAUAAUGAUAUUGAAUCAUUGAAAGAAGACCUUAGGAAUCUACCUCAAUUGACUGUAUUGAAUGUCAGCCACAAUAAACUUUCUGAACUUCCCGCUGCGAUAGGAGAGCUUCCUUCACUGAAAUCUUUAGAUGUGUCCUUCAACUCAAUUCAAAACCUCCCUGAAGAAAUUGGAUCAGCAACUUCUCUUGUCAAGUUUGACUGUUCUUCCAAUCAGCUUAAGGAACUUCCAAGCUCCAUUGGAAGAUGUAUAGCUUUAUCAGAUUUGAAGGCAUCAAACAAUGUUAUUACCAGUUUGCCCGAAGAGCUAGCGAACUGUUCAAAAUUAACAAAACUAGAUGUGGAGGGAAACAAGCUCACUAUGCUAUCUGAGCAUUUGAUUACAUCGUGGACCAUGCUCACUGAACUUAAUGCAUCAAAAAAUAUAUUGAAUGGUAUACCAGAGAACAUUGGCAAUCUUUCACAUCUCAUUCGUCUUGAUUUUCAUCAGAACAGAAUUUCAUCAAUCCCGGCAUCAAUAACGGGUUGCUCUUCUCUUGUGGAGUUCUAUAUGGGGAAUAACACACUGUCUUUGUUACCGGCUGAGAUUGGGGUGCUUUUGCAUUUAGGGACUUUCGAUCUUCACUCAAACCAGUUGAAGGAAUAUCCAGUGGAGGCAUGCAAGUUGCGUCUUUCAGUCCUGGAUCUUUCAAAUAAUUCAUUGACUGGAUUGCCCCCCGAAAUGGGCAAGAUGACGACCUUGAGGAAACUUUUGCUUAAUGGCAAUCCUUUGCGAACUCUUCGAAGUUCAUUGGUUUCUGGACCAACAGCUGCUUUACUGAAGUAUCUUCGAAGUAGACUUUCUGAGGGUGAAGAUCCUGAAGCCAUGACAACAACAAAAAAGGAUGUAAUUUCUAUGGCAUCUCGAUUGUCCAUCACUUCAAAGGAACUUUCUUUGGAAGGGCUAGGUUUGAGUGCAGUACCAUCAGAAGUAUGGGAAUCGGGUGAGGUAGUUAAAGUUGACCUUUCCAGGAAUGCCAUUCAAGAGCUGCCAGUUGAACUUUCUUCAUGUGGUUCACUGCAGACUUUGAUAUUAUCCAGGAACAAGAUUAAAGACUGGCCAGGUUCAAUAUUAAUUUUGCUUCCUAAUCUUUCAUGUUUGAAGCUAGACAAUAAUCCUCUCAUACAGAUUCCAUCCGAUGGAUUUCAAGCAGUCUCUGGUGUUCAGGUUCUGGAUCUAAGUGGUAAUGCUGCUUCAUUACAAGAGUAUCCAGUAUUUUCCAGCAUGCCCCAUCUACAAGAGCUUUACCUUAGAAGAAUGCAGCUACAUGAAGUGCCAUCUGAUAUAUUUAGCUUACAGCAAUUGCGAAUCCUUGAUUUGAGCCAAAAUUCCCUUCAAUCGAUUCCAUUGGGGUUCCAAAAUCUUACUUCUCUUACUGAACUUGGCCUAUCUGACAACAACAUCUCGGCACUUCCCCCGGAGCUGGGUUUGCUUGAACCGAGCCUACAGGCCUUAAGACUUGACGGAAAUCCAUUGAGAAGCAUCCGGAGGUCAAUCUUAGAAAGAGGGACCAAAGCUGUUCUGAAAUAUUUGAGGGACCGAAUUCCAGAGCAGUAGUAUGUUCAUAUAUUCUUCCCUCUCUUGAUUGGGGCAACAUUUUUCACUCCCUUGUCUUCGGUUUUUAUUUAAUCGAUUUAUUUUUAUUAAAGCUUGAUGUUAGAGACUAAGUACUUGCACACGUCUCGAGUCUAAUGCUAUGUAACAUAUGAUACAUUGAUGUUUAUAAUCCCGAUAUUCAAUAUCAAUAUGCUUCUGUGUUCUACUA